AUGUCAGAGUAAUACGAAAGGAAAAAAUAGGAAAUUGAUGUUCAUAAAACCAUAUUUUCAGCACUCAAUCAAAUGAAAUAAAAUGUGAAUAAAAAUUAACAUUUAUAGGAAAGCCUAAGAAAAUAUUUGCUUUCUCCAAACAACAAGAUUAAAAUUCAUAAAUUCGAAAUCGAACAAAUUUAUUCUAAAGACAACACAAAAUCUUAGCUCAAACAUGCGAUUCCAACGACUUCGUUGAAUGCACAUCGUCGCUAGAUUAAAAAUACCUUCAAAGCACAUGAUAUUAAAACAGAUUAUGACUUUAGCGAAGAAUAGCCAUUCAACAUCUAAUCUUUAACUCAUAGUUAGAAUUUUACAUAAGUGAAUACAAUUUAAUAAAAUAAAAAUGUUAAACACAACCUUGAAAACUUUCACUCUCUUAAAUAUAGCUAAUCUCCUACCUAAAUACCAUCUCAUCCUAGUAGUGCUAAUACAAAUAAACGGUAGAGUAACUUCUUCCUUACAAGUCCUUCUCUCGCUGCAGGUAGAAUAUCUUUUAACUCCCUCAAAUUAAAAGCUAAAGACAAAGCAAAAACUCAGGUUUCUUGUAUGUCAGAAACUUAAACAGGCUCUCCUUAAAAUACAUCUAGACUUUAGACGACCUAGUUUAAUACAAACUCAUAGUAAGUGAUAUCAAUAAAUCAAGAUAGACUUAAUUUGGAUUCAAGUAAAGCAAGUCCUUAGAUAUAACCAUAAAAUAAAGCAUAAAACACCACCAAUUCAUUUAACUUAAGAUUAAUCUAAGGAAACGUAUAAAACACUCAAACUUCUUCUUACUGUUUAAACACAAACCAUAACAAUUAAAUAACAUCUGAAUAAGAAAACUUUUCUCUACUUUCAACGAAAAAUAUCCAGCUUUCAUCGAGUAAUUUAAUUAAUACUAAUUAAAAUCUAAACUAUCCAACCAAAUAAUUCAAAUCUAUUCCAGCUUCUCCUAAAAGUAAGCAAAUUUCUUAACUUCCACAAUAGAAUAGACACAGUGAAAAUAAUUAAAAACAAGCAGUUAGAGCAUCUUCAGCCUAACAUAAAACACUAGAAACUCUACAGAUAGAUGAAGAUUAAAAUAAUUUGUAUAGAUUCUCAUAUGAAAUGAAUGAAUAGGAAAUUGAAGAAGAUAAUAAAACUCCACUGCUAUCUGUCCCUAACAUUCAAGAUGCUAUUAAUGAAGAAAACUAAGACUUCCAAAAGAAUUAAGAGGAAGAAGAAUUGUUUGUAGCAUAACCCCAACAAUUUUAUUAUAUUGAUAAUAACGAAAUGUAGAGUGUAAAAGAAUUCAUGUAUAGAUUAAACAACUAUAUGCAGUAUAAAAGAUUUGAGUAGUACAGAUAAGAGAAAAAAUAAAAAAAGAAAUAAAUUGAAGAUGUACAGAACUUGCUUCUCUUCAAUUCUGAAAAAGCUGCCAGAGAAGUAGCAAAGGCAAAUGUUAGAAAAUAUAUAAUAAAGCACAAAAUUGAAAUAACAGACUAGGAAAUAGAUGAUUGGGUAGAAAGAAUUAAAGUUUUACCAUUGGAGAAAAAUCAAAGACUUACUUUCAGAGAGUGUAGCAGAUAAAUAAUAUCCUUCUAGCUUAUGGGAACAGAUGAAGAAAAGAAGUUCUUCAAAGUAUGGAGAGAAAUUGACAAAGGCUUAAACAAAAUCAGCAACCCUAUUAAGUUUGCUUAGUAAUAUUAAAUAUACCAAAACCACAAAAAAAGACUCUUCUACAACAAAAAUAUCACUAAUAAUCAAAUUUCUAUGGCAAUAAUUAACUCACUUCCUUCUUAGUACUUAAUACACAAACCUCCUCCUUCUUUCUUUUAAUAAAAUUCUUAGUCUAUGAAUAGAAUUAGCUCUUAAAGGAGUAUAGCUCAUAAAGAUUUAAGUCUUUAUUAAAUCUAACAUUAGAAGGAAUUUAAAGUUGUAGAAUCUCUAGAAAGUGAGGAAUUUUGA